AUGGAAAGAGGUUGGCUUCCUGGGGAAGGACACCUCUUCUGUUUCAUUCUCCACCUGCUGCUUCAAGAUAGUCGACUUCAACUGAUGACGUCGUUCCUGUGGCUAAAUAUGUUCUGGUACAACCCAUUCAUCCGGUGGAACCCAGAGGAAUGUGGGGGCAUCAGGAAGCUCAGCAUGGCAACUGAGAACUUAUGGCUUCCUGAUAUCUUCAUUGAGGAGUUCAUGGAUGUGGAUCAGACACCCAGAGGCCUCAUGGCUACGUCAGUAAUGAAGGUCGCAUCAAAUAUGAUAAGCCGAUGAGGGUGGUCAGCCUCUGUAACUUGGACAUCUUCUAUUUCCCCUUUGAUGAACAGAAUUGCACGCUUACCUUCAGCUCUUUCAUCUACACAGGUGAGAGAGGCUCAUUAGAGUAGCCUAUAGUCCUGGGUUUGGAGAAGGAAAUACAAGAGAUUUCAAUGACAUCACAGAACCUCAUUCGGAGCGAGGGCAUGGGUACUUCUGGGCAUCUACCAAACAACCACGAGGAUGAAUGUGGGCGCCAACCAGUAUGACCAAAUCAUUUUCUAUGUGGCCAUCAGGCGCAGGCCCAGCCUCUAUGUCCUAAACCUCCUGGUGCCCAGUGGCUUUCUGGUUGCCAUCGACGCCCUCAGCUUCUACCUCCCGGCAGAAAACCAGAAUCGUGCCCCAUUCAAGAUAACCCUUCUACUGGGCUACAACGUCUUCCUGCUCAUGAUGAACGACUUACUGCCUGACACUGGCACCCCAAGUCAUGGGUGGUACCUUUGGCCUUCAUGUGGGGCCUCCUUCCCUCUAGGUGUCUACUUUGCCCUGUGUCUGUCCCUGAUGGUGGUCAGCCUGCUGGAGACCAUCUUCAUCACCUACCUGCUGCACCUGGCCACCACCCAGCCCCCACCCAUGCCUUGCUGGCUCCACUCUCUGAUCCUCCACUGCGCCCGCCCACUGAAGUGCUGCCCCACUAGGCCCCAGCAGGGAAACAGGAGCCUGGGCCGCACUCCUGCCCACCUGCCUGGUGUGAAGGAGCCUGUGGAGUUGGUGGGGAAGGUGCCAGGUCCCAGGGAGGCAGAGGUAAACGGGCAUCCUGGGUCAACAAGGGCCCAGCAGGAAGAUGAGGCUCAGAAGCAGCACUUGGUCAUCCUGUGGGUGCAGUUCAGCCACAUGAUGGAUGCCCUGCUCUUCCGCCUCUACUUGCUCUUCAUGGCCACCUCCAUCAUCACGGUCAUCAUCCUCUGGAGCACCUAG